AUGUGGAAAUAUUGUUUGUUAGUGUGUGUUGUAACGGUUUAUGGUGUCUAUGCUGAAAAUUCGGAAGGCUAUUAUCAUUAUCCCGCGCCACCGAAAUCGCUACAGUUCACUCAACCCCAAUUUAAACCACUGCAAUAUGCCCAGACAUAUCAAAAUCAAUACCAGCAACGAUCAUUCCAAACACAACAGCAACAACAAUCUCAGGUGCAGCAGUUCUAUUUCCCGCAAUCAAGCCAGCUUCAGCAACAACAAGGUGGCUAUUAUGCCUCAGCAUCGUCAUCCAAACCAUUGACAUUCCCCAGCAGCAGCAGUUCCGUGCUUAGUCAACAAUUUGUUUCACCUGCUCUAGAUAAUGUCGCCUUCAAUAUGGCCUUGACCAGUCAAGGCUAUGCCACCGGUGCAACAUCCGCUGCGCUCAAGAAAGCCCCAACUGGCAGCGGCAGUUCAUCAUUGAUAGAGGCUACACCAUCCUCCUCGGGCAAAUCGUUGAAUGUGAAAUUACCGCUACCCUUUAAUAUUACCCCCUUGAACAUUGCUCCAUUGCCAUUGCAGGCGGGUACCCCCUAUGCCAAGUUGCCCAAUGCUGUGACAUCGUACGGCACCACUUAUCCCCAGAGAAGAAGGCGUUGA